CGGAGCAGCACAGCCAGGAGGGGGCCGAACCGAGGGUGGCUGGCUUUAGGCGCUAAUUUCCAACUCUUCUCGCAGCUUUUGUUUUCCAUACGCCCUGGAGUCUCCUCAGACCAGCCUGGCGGGCGCGCACCUGCCAGCCGACCCUGACCUCGCAGGCCAAGCGGCCCCCGAGUCUGAGAAGAUGGCCCAGUCCAAGACCGACUGCCGCUCACCUGUCGGUCUCGACUGCUGUAACUGCUGCCUGGACCUGGCCCACCGAAGCGGGCUCCAGAGCGACAGCAGCGGAGGGAAUAACAGCCCGCGCAGCCCUACCGUGAGCAACUUUCGGCAGCUGCAGGAGAAGCUGGUCUUAGAGAACCUCAACACCGACAAGCUCAAGAGCAUAAUGCGGCAGGAUUCGCUGGAGCCAGUGCUGCGGGACCCCUGCUACCUGAUCAACGAGGGCAUCUGCAACCGCAACAUCGACCAGACCAUGCUGUCCAUCCUGCUCUUCUUCCACAGUGCCUCUGGAGCCAGCGUGGUGGCCAUAGACAACAAGAUCGAGCAGGCCAUGGACCUGGUGAAGAAUCAUCUGAUGUACGCAGUCAGAGAGGAGGUGGAGGUCCUGAAGGAGCAGAUCCGGGAGCUGGUGGAGAAGAACUCCCAGCUGGAGCGUGAGAACACCCUCCUGAAGACCCUGGCAAGCCCGGAGCAGCUGGAGAAGUUCCAGUCCCGUCUGAGCCCCGAAGAGCCUGUUCCGGAAACCCCACAAGCACCUGAGGCCCCCGGUGGUUCUGCGGUGUAAGUGGCUCUGUCCUCAGGGUGGGCAGAGCCACUAAACUUGUUCUACCUAGUUCUUUCUGGUUUGUUUUUGGUUCCCCAAGCGUCAUCUCACGUGGAGAACUUUACACCUAGCAUAGCUGGUGCCAAGAGAUGUCCUAAGGACAUGGCCACCUGGGUCCACUCCAGUGACAGACCCCUGACAAAGAGCAGGUCUCUGGAGGCUGCGUUGCGUGGGGCCACGUCACCCCCAGCCAAUGAGCCUCUAAUGCCAUCGUGCCCUAGGGGCUCCUGGGGCCUGGGCAACUUAGCCACAACUGGCAAAGGAGAAAGGUAGUGUAAGAUGUGACGCCAGUUUACUCCAGAAAGCAUAAGGGGUCUGUUUUUCAUUUCCAUGGCCAUCUUCAGCAGCUUCACCUGACAUCAACUGCUCCUAUGAAGAAGCCACUCGUGUUUUGAGCAGAGGCAACCUCUCUCGUCUCCCCUGCCUCACCAAGGCAGGACAACAGAUAGGAGAGAUUGAGCCAAGUCGGCCUUCUGUUGGUUCAUAUGGUCUAAUGCAUGGCUUUGCGCACGGCCCAGUGUGGGAUUACAGCUUUGGGAUGACCGCUUACAAAGUUCUGUUUGGUUAGUAUUGGCAUAGUUUUUCUAUAUAGCCAUACAUGCGUAUAUAUACCCAUAGGGCUAGAUCUAUAUCUUAGUGUAGUGAUGUAUACACACACACACACACACACACACACACACACACACAUCUGUGUGUUGAAGGGCCUAACCGGCUUUGGGAACCGGCUUUGGGAGUAUCAUCUGGCCCUUUAUCUCUUAAGGCUAGUUCUUUGUGUUCAUUUACCAAGUCGAUCCAGUGUGUCCUUUAGGUUAAGUACGACUAAAGAGAAAAGGCAGGGAGGAGGGCCAGCCUCUGAACGCGGCCACGGAUGCCUUGCUGCUGCAGCCCUUGCCCCAUGUGCCCCUCCACCCCCGCCGAAGACGCGUGAGGUCCUCAUCCGAAUGCCAAACCCACCAUUCGCUGGUGCUGACUACAUAGAAUGGGGUUCAGAGAAGAGCAGCUGGGACUUCACAUUGUCAUCGAGAAACUUCUGUUUUGAUGUUUGUGGAAAACUUGCGAGUGAACGGCAUGAUUGGCUUGCUGGUGUCCCCUCAUGGACAAGGGAUGGACGAGGGGAUGGCUUUGAUCCGACGGUGCCUGGGUGAUGUGCUCAGGGAGCUUGUGUCUAGGGGGUUCUGUGGCAGAUAACACGUUCCAGUUUCUGACACCUUAUCCUGAUAGAUGUCUCCAGGAUUUGGAUUUGGAUUUUUCAAAUGUAGCUUGAAAUUUCAAUAAACUUGGCUCCUUUUUUUUUUCUAAAAAUAAACCUGA